AAGCAGUAAGUUUUACUGAUUCCUAAGUGUGAAAGCAAAAGCAGAAAGAUGGUGCAGAUGGUCCGUGAAUUAAAGCCCUGAGCUACUUGUCAUCUCAGUUGCUGCUUGGGUCUCUUUUGUGGAGCUGUGCUUCCUUGUGAAAGUUUCAAAUCCUGUAAACAGGAGACUCAGGGAAGAGUUGUAUAGGACAUCAGGUACCAACAUACUAUCCAUUCGUUCAUUUGGCAAAGCUGUACUCAGUACACCCAUAUGCACCUGUGAUGCUCUGAUGACCAAGCCAUUUCUUAUCUCCUCAGUUUGCUCUUCCGAAAAACAACCACACAUCACACCUACCACAAUGGCUGUAGUCAAAACAACAAAACAAAGACCAAAAACCCAGCAAGUAACAAGUGUUGGUGAGAAUGUGGAGAAAUUAAAAUACAAUGUAAAAUGGUUUCUGUGAAAAGCAUAAAAAUAAAACGGUUUCUGUGAAAAGCAGUAUGGCGGUUCCUCAGAAAGUUAAACAUAGAAUUACCAUAUGAUCCUGUAGCUCCACUACCAAGGUUACACUCCAAAGAAUCGAAAGCGAGGACUCUAACAGAUACUUAUGCCACUAUUCACUGUGGCAUUAUUCACUAGCCAAAAGGUAGGAACAAUCCAGGUGUCCAUCAACAGAUGAAUGAAUAAGCAAAAUGUGGUGUAUGCACACAAUAGAAUAUUAUUCAGCCUUAACAAGGAAUGGAGUUCUCACACACAACAAGGAUGAGCCUUGAAAACAUUAUGUUAAGCAAAAUAAGCUAGACACAGAAGGACCAAUGUUGCAUGAUGUCACUUAAAUGACAUAUAGAAUAGGCGAAUUCAUGGAGAUAGAAUGUAGAUUACAGGUUAUCAGGGGCUGGGGGUAGGGUGGGGAAUAGGAAGUUAAUGCUUAAUAGGUAUAGAGUUUCUGUUUGGGGUGAUGAAAAAGAUUUGGAAAUAGAUAGUGACUGCGGUUGUGUAAUAUUGGGAAUGUUCUUAAUGCUACUGAGCUAUGUACUUAAAAAUAGUUACAGUUGUAAAUUUUAUGUUACAUAUAUUUUACCAAAAGAUGAUAAAAAAAUAAUCUCAUCACAAGAGAAGCAAAAAGUCUUCUCUGUAAAGGAGCAAAAUCUUACAGACAUCUCUUAUUCAUCUCAGCACCCAGGCCUUACACCUAGCACAGGGCCUGGUAUAUAGUGCAUGCAUAUUCCUUUUUUUGCUGAACCAAACUGGGAACAGACUAAUUCCAUUUGUAGUUGAAAAUGGCAGUGAGGCUGUUGAGUGUAAAUUUUACUACCAUGGCAACUGUGGAACACAAAGACAAUAAAUAUGAAAAUGCAGUAAUAUUUUUGGCAGGUGGGGUCAGCCGGAGGUAACAUGGCCCAUUGCAGUGACCUGGACAGAAAUAAUAUUACCAGGAUUACCAAGAUGGACUUCGCUGGACUCAAGAACCUCCGGGUCUUGCAUCUGGAAGACAACCAGGUCAGCGUCAUCGAGAGAGGCGCCUUCCAGGAUCUGAAGCAGCUGGAACGAUUGCGCCUGAACAAGAAUAAGCUCCAGGUCCUUCCGGAAUUGCUUUUCCAGAGUACACCAAAGCUCACCAGACUAGAUCUGAGCGAAAACCAGAUCCUAGGGAUCCCGAGGAAGGCAUUCCGUGGCAUCACCAACGUGAAGAACUUGCAACUGGACAACAACCACAUCAGCUGCAUUGAAGAUGGAGCCUUCCGAGCGCUGCGCGAUUUGGAGAUCCUCACACUCAACAACAACAACAUCAGCCGCAUCCUGGUCACUAGCUUCAACCACAUGCCGAAGAUUCGAACACUGCGCCUCCACUCCAACCACCUGUACUGUGACUGCCACCUGGCCUGGCUCUCAGAUUGGCUGCGACAGCGACGGACAAUUGGCCAGUUCACACUCUGUAUGGCUCCCGUGCACCUGAGGGGCUUCAAUGUGGCAGAUGUGCAGAAAAAGGAGUAUAUAUGCCCAGGACCCCACUCAGAACUUCCGUCCUGCAAUGCCAACUCCAUCUCCUGUCCCUCGGCCUGCACAUGCAGCAAUAACGUCGUGGACUGUCGAGGGAAGGGCUUGACGGAGAUCCCUGCCAACUUGCCAGAGGGCAUCGUCGAAAUACGCCUGGAACAGAACUCCAUCAAAUCCAUCCCUGCUGGAGCCUUCACCCAGUACAAGAAACUGAAGCGAAUAGACAUCAGCAAGAAUCAGAUAUCGGACAUUGCUCCAGAUGCCUUCCAGGGUCUGAAAUCACUCACGUCACUGGUGCUGUAUGGAAACAAGAUCACCGAGAUUGCCAAGGGACUGUUUGAUGGGCUGGUAUCCCUACAGCUGCUCCUCCUCAAUGCCAACAAGAUCAACUGCCUGCGAGUGAACACGUUUCAGGACCUGCAGAACCUCAAUCUGCUCUCCCUGUAUGACAACAAGCUGCAGACCAUCAGCAAGGGACUCUUUGCCCCUCUGCAGGCCAUCCAGACCCUCCACUUAGCCCAAAACCCAUUUGUGUGCGACUGCCACUUGAAGUGGCUGGCCGAUUACCUGCAGGACAACCCCAUCGAGACGAGCGGGGCCCGCUGCAGCAGCCCGCGCCGGCUGGCCAACAAACGCAUCAGCCAGAUCAAGAGCAAGAAGUUCCGCUGCUCAGGCUCAGAGGAUUACCGCAGCAGGUUCAGCAGCGAGUGCUUCAUGGACCUUGUGUGCCCCGAGAAGUGCCGCUGUGAGGGCACCAUUGUGGACUGCUCCAACCAGAAGCUGGCCCGCAUCCCAAGCCACCUCCCUGAAUACGUCACUGAUCUGCGACUGAAUGACAAUGACAUAUCUGUCCUAGAGGCCACUGGGAUCUUCAAGAAGUUGCCCAGCCUGCGGAAAAUAAACCUGAGCAACAAUAAGAUCAAGGAGGUGAGAGAGGGUGCCUUUGAUGGAGCAGCAAACGUGCAGGAGCUGAUGCUGACUGGGAACCAGCUGGAAACGGUGCAUGGGCGCAUGUUCCGCGGCCUCAGCAGCCUCAAGACCUUGAUGCUGAGGAGUAACCUGAUCAACUGUGUCAGCAAUGACACCUUUGCUGGCCUGAGUUCAGUGAGGCUGCUGUCCCUCUAUGACAAUCGGAUCACCACCAUCACCCCUGGAGCCUUCACCACACUUGUCUCCCUAUCCACCAUAAACCUCCUGUCCAACCCCUUCAACUGCAACUGCCACCUGGCCUGGCUGGGCAAGUGGCUGAGGAAGAGGCGGAUCGUAAGCGGGAACCCCCGGUGCCAAAAGCCUUUCUUCCUCAAGGAGAUACCCAUCCAGGAUGUGGCCAUCCAGGACUUCACCUGUGAAGGCAAUGACGAGAGUAGCUGCCAGCUGGGCCCACUCUGCCCGGAGCAGUGCACCUGCGUGGAGACAGUGGUGCGGUGCAGCGACAGGGGGCUACACACCCUACCCAGAGGCAUCCCCAAGGAUGUGACUGAACUGUACCUGGAAGGAAACCACUUAACAGCCGUGCCCAGGGAGCUGUCCGCCCUCCCACACCUGACACUUAUUGACCUGAGCAACAACAGCAUUGGUGUGCUGACCAAUUACACCUUCAGUAACAUGUCUCACCUGUCAACCCUGAUCCUGAGCUACAACCGGCUGCGGUGCAUCCCCAUCCAUGCCUUCAACGGGCUGCGGUCUCUCCGAGUGCUAACCCUCCAUGGCAACGACAUUUCCAGCGUUCCCGAAGGCUCCUUCAGUGACCUGACAUCUCUUUCCCAUCUGGCGCUGGGAACCAAUCCACUCCACUGUGACUGCAAUCUGCGCUGGCUGUCAGAGUGGGUGAAGGCAGGGUACAAGGAGCCUGGCAUCGCCCGCUGCAGUAGCCCUGAGUCCAUGGCUGACAGACUCCUGCUCACCACCCCCACCCACCGAUUCCAGUGCAAAGGGCCAGUGGACAUCAACAUUGUGGCCAAGUGCAAUGCCUGCCUCUCAGACCCGUGCAAGAACAAUGGGACGUGCAGCCAGGAUCCUGUGGAGCUCUACUACUGCACCUGCCCCUAUGGCUACAAGGGCAAAGACUGCGCUAUGCCCAUCAACACCUGCAUCCAGAACCCCUGUCAGCACGGAGGCACCUGCCACCUGAGCGAAAGCCACAAGGAUGGGUUCAGCUGCUCCUGCCCUCUGGGCUUUGAGGGGCAGCGGUGUGAGAUCAAUCCAGAUGAUUGCGAGGACAACGACUGUGAGAACAAUGCCACCUGUGUGGACGGGGUCAACAACUACGUGUGCGUCUGCCCUCCUAACUACACGGGUGAGCUGUGCGACGAGGUGAUUGACCACUGCGUGCCUGGGAUGAACCUCUGUCAGCAUGAGGCCAAGUGCAUCUCCCUGGACAAAGGAUUCAGGUGUGACUGUCCCCCUGGCUACAGCGGGAAGCUCUGCGAGGUGGACAAUGAUGACUGCGUGAACCAUAGGUGCCGCCACGGGGCCCAGUGCGUGGAUGCAGUCAACAGCUACACAUGCAUCUGCCCCCAGGGCUUCAGCGGGCUCCUCUGUGAGCACCCCCCACCCAUGGUCCUGCUUCAGACCAGUCCCUGUGACCAGUAUGAGUGCCAGAACGGGGCCCAGUGCAUCGUGGUACAGCAGGAGCCGACCUGUCGCUGCCCCCCAGGCUUCGCCGGCCCGAGGUGCGAGAAACUCAUCACUGUCAACUUUGUGGGCAAAGACUCCUACGUGGAACUAGCCUCCGCCAAGGUCCGGCCCCAGGCCAACAUCUCCCUGCAGGUGGCCACUGACAAGGACAACGGCAUCCUUCUGUACAAGGGAGACAAUGACCCCCUCGCGCUGGAGCUGUACCAGGGCCACGUGAGGCUCGUCUAUGACAGUCUGAGCUCCCCACCAACCACAGUGUACAGUGUGGAGACAGUGAAUGACGGACAGUUUCACAGUGUGGAGCUGGUGAUGCUAAAUCAGACCCUGAACUUGGUGGUGGAUAAAGGAGCCCCAAAGAGCCUGGGAAAGCUCCAGAAGCAGCCGGCAGUAAGCAUCAACAGCCCCCUCUACCUCGGAGGCAUCCCCACCUCUACGGGCCUCUCAGCCCUGCGCCAGGGCACGGACCGGCCGCUGGGCGGCUUCCAUGGCUGCAUCCACGAGGUGCGCAUCAACAACGAGUUGCAAGACUUCAAGGCCCUCCCACCGCAGUCCCUGGGGGUCUCACCAGGCUGCAAGUCCUGCACUGUGUGCAAGCACGGCCUGUGUCGCUCCGUGGAGAAGGACAGCGUGGUGUGCGAGUGCCACUCGGGCUGGACCGGCCCGCUGUGCGACCAGGAGGCCCGCGACCCCUGCCUGGGCCACAGUUGCAGCCAUGGGAAAUGUGUGGCAACCGGGACCUCGUAUGUGUGCAAGUGUGCAGAGGGCUACGGGGGGCCCACGUGUGACCACAAGAACGACUCCACCAACGCCUGCUUGGCCUUCAAGUGUCACCAGGGGCAGUGCCACAUCUCAGAUCGAGGGGAGCCCUACUGUCUGUGCCAGUCUGGCUUUAGUGGGGAGCACUGCGAGCAAGAGAGCCUGUGCCUGGGGGAGGUAGUCCGAGAGGUGAUCCGCCGCCAGAAAGGCUAUGCGUCUUGCGCCACAGCCUCCAAAGUGCCCGUAAUGGAGUGUCGUGGGGGCUGUGGGCUGCAGUGCUGCCGGCCCACCCGCAGCAAGCGGCGGAAAUACGUCUUCCAGUGCACAGACGGCUCCUCGUUUGUGGAAGAGGUGGAGAGACACUUGGAGUGUGGCUGCCGCGCAUGUUCCUAAGGCCCUCUGCCCCCCCACCUCUCAGACUUCAGCUUCGUGGGGCUGCGACAGCCACGUGGGACCCCCUCGAGACUCGAGGUGAAGAAGUGGACGCUGGAGAGGAAGCAGAAGAAGAGAAUAUUAAGUAUAUUGUAAAAUAAACAAAAAAAUAGAACUUAUUUUUAUUAUGGAAA